AUGGCCAUACUUAGGUCAACAAGGACGGAGGAGAAGCUUCUCUGGUGGCUGAUCGGGGUGGGUUUGAUAGAGUUAUUUUUGCGGUAUUCGUUCUUCGUGUUUCGUCGGGUCCUGGAGCAAGUUUUGGUGAACAUAGGGCGAUUUUGGGUGAUUUGGGAGCUUUUGAAGAUUUCUAAUCAACCCGUCAAUAUCUCAUCCAAUUUCUUAAACCUUUCUUUGUUGUCGGUUUCUUACCAAGGUUCUAUUGUGCUUUGUCGAUUGCCUGCUCCUUUGGAUUUGGGUCGAGUAACCCAAUUGUCAAUGUUGGGCUUGCCAAUUGAAGUGCUGCAAAGUGAAUGUACUAAAAGUAUGCAUAGCAGGAAAACUCUCAAACAAAGGUCUGAUCACAAAAGGAGAGAGGUUGUAUUGAGUCAGCAGUUGCACCAUUUGGUCAAAAAGGUCAAAGCUCAUGUUCAUCUUGGUUUAUCUGAGGUUGGAGGUCUUUUCAAUGAGCAUGAAAUGGGAAAGUAGGUCAUGUGAAUCAACCAAAUAACAUGUACUUCUUCCCUGGGGUUGAUUUGGGAUCUCUGUUAUCCGGUGCUCAUAUGAUAUCUGAUGGAAUGCUGCAACCUGCUUCUGAAUGUUAGGGCUGUAAACGAACUGAACGUUCGACGAACAGUUCAUGAACCGUUCGGCGGAAAGUUCGUUUAUUUAAUAAACGAACGAACAUGAACAAGAUAUCUGGUUUGUUUAGUUAAACGAACGAACACGAACAAUGCUCUCGUUCGUUCAUUUACGUUCGUGAACGUCCAUUCAUUUAUGUUUGUUUACGUUCGUUCAUUUAUGGAAUGACAAACAACUAAGUUAAACUUUAUUGUAUGGAAAUGUUGAACACGUG